UCCUUGAUUUUCCAUACCAAAUGAUGCUUCACCAAACCAAUUUUUACGCAUUUUGUUUAAUGUACCUUCGUGUGAUUCUUCUCUUCUCCACAAGCAGUCUCCUCUGUUUGCAACCCUCCAUUACUGCCACUACUCUAACAAAUGAGACUGAUCGUUUGGCUUUGCUCAAAUUCAAAGAAUCUGUAGAUCAUGAUCCAUAUAACAUUUUGAGCUCAUGGAAUGACUCUAUGCACUUCUGCAACUGGCGUGGAAUCACAUGCGGCCGUCGGCACCAAAGAGUCACAGCCUUGGACCUACAGAGCCAUGGCUUACGUGGAUCCAUAUCACCUUAUAUUGGAAACCUCAGCUUUCUUGGGUUCAUCAACCUCCAAAGUAACAGCUUCUAUGGCGAAAUUCCACAAGAAGUCAGUCAUUUGUUCCGACUGCAACAGCUCUCUCUUAACAAUAACACGUUAGAGGGGGAAAUACCAAUCAUCUUGUCCAACUGCUCCAAUCUCUGGUUCAUACAGCUUGGUGAUAAUAAGCUUAAAGGGAAGAUUCCAGUGGAGCUAGGCUCUUUAACGAAACUGGAACUGCUUUGGCUUCCUAAUAACAAUUUGGAAGGAGAGAUCCCAUCUUCUCUAGGAAAUCUUUCAAUGCUCUCACAUUUUGAUGUUGAGGUUAAUAAUUUGGUGGGAAAUAUUCCAAAUUCCAUAGGCCAAUUAAAAGGCUUAUUUGCGUUCUCAAUUUUGAGUAAUAAAUUGUCAGGUACAAUCCCUUCCUCUCUUUACAAUGUGUCAUCUCUCCAACUUGUUUCGAUUUCAAGUAACCAACUUAGUGGCACACUUCCAGCCAACAUAGGCCUCACUCUUCCCGAUCUCCGAUUUCUUUAUUUUGGUGAAAAUGAGUUCUUUGGGCCACUCCCUACUUCAUUAUGCAAUGCAACUCAACUUCAAUCUAUUGAUUUAAGUGAGAACAAUUUUCUAGGACCAGUUUCAAAUAAUUUGGGUAAUUUGUUGGAUCUUAAUUGGCUAAGUUUGGGUAACAAUUUUCUAAGAUGGGAUUUCCGUUUCUUAACAUCUUUGAGAAACUGUAGUAAACUUAGUGCGUUGGAUUUAAGUCAUAAUCAAUUUGGAGGUGUUCUGUCCAAUUCUGUAUCCAACUUGUCAACCCAACUCACUACAUUAUAUUUAGGAGGCAAUGAAAUAUCUGGAACUAUCCCUGCAUCAUUAGAGAAUCUCGUCAAUUUAUAUAUCUUGGGCAUGGGAAAUAAUCAUUUCACAGGUGUCAUUCCUACUAGUUUUGGGGGGUUUCGAAAGAUGCAACUAUUGGAAUUAGGUGGCAACAGAUUGUCUGGAGAAAUACCAACCUUCAUAGGCAACCUUACUCGGUUGUUCCAACUCGACCUACAAGAAAAUGGAUUUGAAGGAACCAUACCUCCAAGUAUAGUAAACUGCCAAAAUUUGCAACUCUUGGACAUCUCACAAAAUAACCUUAACGGAUCCAUACCUCAGCAGCUUAUUGGUCCUUCUGCCCUUCAAAUACUACACCUCAAUUUAUCUCACAACUCAUUCACUAGCACACUACCAUUUGAAGUAGGCAAUCUGAAACAUAUUAUUGAAUUGGAUAUCUCUAACAAUAAUUUUUCUGGUGAAAUUCCUGCAUCUAUAGGAAAUUGUUCGACAUUGGAACUCCUAUACCUUGAAGGGAAUUCUUUUGAAGGAGCCAUACCAUCAUCUAUGGCUUCUUUGAAAAGUCUUCAACGUCUAGAUUUUUCUCAAAAUAACCUAUCAGGAUCCAUUCCAAAGGGUUUAGAGAAGCUUCCUCUUUUAGAAAAAUUGAAUCUUUCAUUCAAUAAUUUUGAGGGCGAGGUACCUACUGAAGGUGUUUUCAAAAACACAAGUGUGAUAUUAUUGAUUGGUAAUGCUAAACUCUGUGGUGGUAUACCAAAAUUGCAGUUGCCAAAAUGCCCUAUUAAUGCCAUGAAACCAAGAAAGUCCAUUGGAUUCAAAAUAGCAAUUGCAAUUAUUUCCAUUGUUCUUAUUUUCUUUUUGUUUUCAUCCAUUUUUGUUCUUUAUUGGAUAAAAAGAUCAAGAAAGAAACCAUCUUCUAUGGUUUCAACAAAAGACCUUCUUCCAAAUGUUUCUUACAAAGAACUCUAUCAAGCAACUAAUGGAUUUUCUCCAAAUAAUUUAAUUGGAUCUGGCAGUUUUGGCUCUGUAUAUAAAGGAGCUCUUGAUCCGGAAGAAAGGAUAGUUGCUAUAAAGGUCCUUAACCUUCAAAACAAGGGAGCUUCCAAAAGUUUCAUGGCUGAAUGCAAUGCAUUACGAAAUAUCCGGCAUCGGAAUCUUGUUAAGAUAUUAACAUGUUGCUCCAGCAUGGAUUACAGUGGGAAUCAAUUCAAAGCUCUAGUAUUUGAAUUCAUGACAAAUGGGAGCUUAGAUAUUUGGCUGCAUCCAGAGCUUGCCAACGAAAAUCAAUCAAGGAGCAUGAGCCUUCUUCAAAGACUAAAUAUUGCAAUUGAUGUGGCUUUUGCAAUGGAUUAUCUUCACAACCAUUCUAUGCAACCAAUAAUUCAUUGUGACUUAAAGCCAAGCAAUGUUCUUCUUGAUAAUGACAUGGUUGCUCAUGUAAGCGAUUUUGGUUUAGCAAGGCUCCUCCCAAUUACUAAUGAUUCUUCUAGAAAGCAAACUAGUACAAUUGGCAUAAAGGGAUCAAUUGGUUAUGCUGCUCCAGAGUAUGGCAUGGGUGGUAAGGCAUCAAUAGAGGGGGACGUGUAUAGCUAUGGUAUAUUAUUACUGGAGAUGUUCAUAGGAAGGAGACCCACUGAUGACAUGUUUAAAGAUGGUCUCAAUCUUCACAAUUUUGCUAAGAUGGCACUACCUGAAAAUCUUGUUCAAAUUGUGAACCCAAUCCUUCUUCCAAGAGAAGUCAAUGAAGCUUCAACCGCAAUAGUGGCAACCACAGAAGAUAAUAAUGGCAAUGGGAUGCAAGUAGAUGAAGAAGCUCAAGGUAUUUCAAACUUCUACCAAAUGGAUCCCAAUGUGCAUAAGUGCUUAGCAUCAAUUCUUGAAACUGGACUUGCCUGUUCAAUGGAGUCACCAAAAGACAGAAUGAGGAUGAAGGAAGUUACCAGAGAACUACAUUUGAUCAAAACAGCUUUUCUUGGUUCUGGUAUCAACAGAGGUGGAUUUAGGAGAAUCCAAGUUUAAGAGAAUGAAACUAUCAGAAGAGAUCACUGAAACCUCUUUCAUGUCCCUGUUGAGCAUAUAUAGGUGUGCGAGUUCAAUCUCCUUUGUCAAAAUGUUUGUGGAAUGAUUUCCUUAUAUUUUCUUCUUUUGGGAUAUGGCGGUCCUACAGUAUGCAUAUUGCCACUUUUUUGUAGUACAAGCAUAUUGAACACUUCUACUAUAGGUUCUAGAGUAUAGUCAAUAGUUUCUAUAUAUUCAGAAAAAAGGAAAAAGAAAAACU